GCCCAACCCUGCCGGGAACUGAUCCCCAGGGCAGGGCCAGAGAGUUCCCGGAUCUCAGGAGCCUGCAGCUAGCCACACUUGUAGAUCCCUGGGCUUGGGAGUCACCAUGGCAACUGAAGAAUCCAUCAUCCGCAUCCCCCCCUACCACUACAUCCACGUGCUGGACCAGAACAGCAACGUGUCCCGCGUGGAGAUCGGACCAAAGACCUACAUCCGGCAGGACAAUGAGAGGGUACUGUUUGCCCCCAUGCGCAUGGUGACCGUGCCCCCACGCCACUACUGCACAGUGGCCAACCCUGUGUCCCGGGAUGCCCAGGGCUCAGUGCUGUUAGACGUCACAGGGCAAGUACGACUUCGUCAUGCUGAUCUGGAAAUCCGGCUGGCCCAGGAGCCCUUCCCCCUGUACCCAGGGGAGGUGCUGGAAAAGGACAUCACCCCCCUGCAGGUGGUCCUUCCCAACACCGCCCUCCAUCUUAAGGCGUUGCUGGAUUUUGAGGAUAAGGAUGGAGAAAAGGUGGUGGCAGGAGACGAGUGGCUAUUUGAGGGGCCUGGCACGUACAUCCCUCAGAAGGAGGUGGAGGUCGUGGAGAUCAUUCAAGCCACAGUCAUCAGGCAGAACCAGGCCCUGCGGCUGAGGGCCCGAAAGGAGUGCUGGGACCGGAACGGCAAGGAGAGGGUGACAGGAGAAGAAUGGCUGGUCACCUCAGUGGGGGCAUAUCUCCCAGCAGUGUUUGAGGAGGUUCUGGAUUUGGUGGAUGCUGUAGUCCUUACAGAAAAGACCGCCCUGCAUCUCCGGGCUCGGCAAAACUUCCGAGAUGCGAGGGGAGUGGCCCGACGCACUGGAGAGGAGUGGCUGGUGACUGUGCAGGACACGGAGGCCCACGUGCCGGACGUCUACGAGGAGGUGCUGGGGGUCGUGCCCAUCACCACCCUGGGCCCCCGCAACUACUGUGUGAUUCUCGACCCUGUGGGACCGGACGGCAAGAACCUGCUGGGGCAAAAGCGUGUGGUCAAGGGAGAGAAGUCUUUUUUCCUCCAGCCAGGGGAGAGGCUGGAACGAGGCAUCCAAGAUGUAUAUGUGCUGUCAGAGCAGCAGGGACUGCUGCUGAGGGCCCUGCAGCCCCUGGAGGAGGGGGAAGAUGAAGAGAGAGUCUCACGCCAGGCUGGGGACCACUGGCUGAUCCGUGGGCCCCUGGAGUACGUGCCAUCCGCCAAGGUGGAGGUGGUUGAAGAGCGUCAGGCCAUCCCUCUGGACGAGAACGAAGGCAUCUACGUGCAGGACGUCAAGACGGGAAAGGUGCGCGCUGUGAUCGGUAGCACCUACAUGCUGACCCAGGACGAAGUCCUGUGGGAGAAGGAGCUGCCUCCCGGGGUGGAGGAGCUGCUGAACAAGGGGCAAGACCCACUGGCAGACAGGGGUGAGAAGGACACAGCCAAGACCUUCCAGCCCUCUGCUCCCCGGAACAAGACCCGUGUGGUCAGCUACCGCGUCCCGCACAACGCCGCGGUGCAGGUGUACGACUACAGAGAGAAGAAAGCCCGCGUGGUCUUUGGGCCUGAGCUGGUGUCGCUGGGUCCCGAGGAGCAGUUCACAGUGUUGUCUCUCUCAGCCGGGAGGCCCAAGCGCCCCCAUGCCCGCCGCGCGCUCUGCCUGCUGCUCGGGCCUGACUUCUUCACAGACGUCAUCACCAUCGAGACGGCAGAUCACGCCAGGCUGCAGCUGCAGCUCGCCUACAACUGGCACUUUGAGCUGAGUGACCGGAAGGAUCCCCAAGAGACAGCCAAGCUCUUCUCAGUGCCUGACUUUGUGGGCGAUGCCUGCAAGGCCAUUGCAUCCCAGGUUCGGGGGGCUGUGGCCUCUGUCACCUUCGAUGACUUCCAUAAGAACUCUGCCCGCAUCAUUCGCACUGCUGUCUUUGGCUUUGAGACCUCGGAGGCCAAGGGCCCUGACGGGAUGGCCCUGCCCAAGGCCCGGAGCCAGGCUGUCUUCCCCCAAAAUGGGCUGGUGGUCAGCAGCGUGGAUGUCCAGUCAGUGGAGCCCGUGGACCAGAGGACCCGGGACGCCCUGCAGCGCAGUGUCCAGCUGGCCAUCGAGAUCACCACCAACUCCCAGGAGGCAGCAGCCAAGCACGAGGCUCAGAGACUAGAGCAAGAAGCCCGUGGCCGGCUUGAGAGGCAGAAGAUCUUGGACCAGUCAGAAGCUGAGAAAGCUCGCAGGGAGCUCUUGGAGCUGGAGGCUCUGAGCAUGUCCGUGGAGAGCACUGGGACCGCCAAGGCAGAGGCAGAGUCCCGGGCAGAAGCCGCUCGGAUCGAGGGAGAAGGCUCAGUGUUGCAGGCCAAGCUGAAAGCACAGGCCUUGGCCAUCGAGACGGAGGCUGAGCUCAAGCGGGUGCAGAAAGUACGAGAGAUGGAACUGGUCUAUGCCCGGGCCCAGCUGGAGCUGGAGGUGAGCAAGGCCCAACAGCUGGCUGAGGUGGAGGUGAAGAAGUUCAAGCAGAUGACGGAGGCCCUGGGCCCCAGCACCAUCAGGGACCUUGCUGUGGCUGGGCCAGAGAUGCAGGUGAAACUGCUCCAGUCGCUGGGCCUGAAAUCAACCCUCAUCACCGACGGCUCUACUCCCAUCAACCUCUUCAGCACAGCCCUGGGGCUGCUGGGGCAGGGGUCUGAGGCUCCCCUGGCCAAAAAGGUGGCCCAUACGCCUGGCCCCGGGGAGGGCUUGAUUCCCCAGGCCUUCUCUGCCCCUCAAGUUCCCGGAGACAGCCCCAUUAUGCCUGUACUGCACUGAUCCCUGACAAAUGCAAUGGAUGUUUCUAGGCAUUUAAA